AUGGUUCAUCUCGCAGCAGUUCGAAGGGAAUCAAUUCGACCUAUCCAGCGCAUCGAAACUAUUCCCCUUGAGGAGCUGGAGCCUCAGGAGCAUGACUUUUAUUCCAGCGUCUAUGGCUCUCGAUUCAUAGCGGAGUUGGAGAUGCCGGAGAAAGAGAUGCCCAGGGAGGUGGCAUAUAGAAUGAUUAAGGACGAGUUGAGUCUGAAUGGGAAUCCAAUCUUGAACUUGGCAAGAUUUGCUACUACCUACGCUGAGGAAGAGGCGGAGAAGCUCAUGACUGAAUCCUUCAGCAAAAAAUUCAUCGAUUAUCAGGAAUAUCCGCUGUCUGUAGAUAUCUAG